CGCGUUUCUUUCGCUCGAUUCCUUUCGCUUGUAUACUCGCGGCCUUGCGCCUGAUCCUGUGUGCAGUAGCCAAAGGAUGUCGUCGACUGUAGUAAAAAAUGUCGCGAAGAGUAGCAGCAGCGACGGCAGAGAGACUUGGUCGGGAAAACUUGAUUUUUUGCUGUCAGUUAUUGGUUUUGCUGUCGAUCUCGCUAAUGUGUGGCGAUUCCCAUACCUUUGCUAUAAGAAUGGUGGCGGCGCAUUUUUGGUUCCCUACUGCGUGAUGUUGGUAGUUGGUGGUAUUCCUUUGUUUUAUAUGGAACUUGCGCUUGGCCAGUUCAACAGAAAAGGUGCCAUAACGUGUUGGGGUCGAUUAGUGCCACUUUUGAAAGGUAUUGGAUAUGCAGUCGUCUUAAUUGCGUUUUACGUCGAUUUCUACUACAAUGUUAUUAUCGCCUGGUCGCUACGGUAUUUCUUCGCUUCGUUCUCCGGAUUGUUGCCGUGGACUACCUGCGAUAAUCCUUGGAACACACCAUUGUGCCGUGAAUUUGAUGCAAAUAUUACAUACGCAAUGGAGAAUACAAUAGCUGACGAAGUGAAUGAGAAUCUUGGAAACACUACACGGUUUUUGAUUGAUCAAACAUCGGAUAUAACCGUGGAUAGUCAGAGUGUAGCAGACAAUCAUACAGCGUAUACGAGCGCUGCUCAUGAAUAUUUCAACCGCGCUAUUUUGGAGCUGCAUGAAAGCGACGGCUUACACGAUCUAGGGGCUAUUAAAUGGGACAUCGCUCUAUGCUUACUCGUGGUUUACCUAGUCUGUUAUUUUUCUCUGUGGAAAGGAAUCUCGACUUCUGGCAAGGUAGUCUGGUUUACUGCUCUUUUUCCUUACGCAGUCUUGCUCAUUCUGCUGAUAAGGGGUGUCACUUUGCCAGGAAGUACCGAAGGAAUCCGUUAUUAUCUCAGUCCAAAUUUCUCCGCCAUUACAAAGGCAGAGGUAUGGGUGGACGCUGCAACACAGGUAUUUUUUUCUUUGGGACCAGGCUUCGGAGUGUUGCUGGCUUACGCAAGUUACAAUAAGUAUCAUAAUAAUGUUUACAAAGAUGCCCUCUUGACUAGCUUGAUUAAUAGUGCGACAUCUUUUAUCGCUGGAUUUGUUAUAUUUUCCGUACUCGGUUACAUGGCACAUGCCAGCGGAAAAUCCAUUCAAGAUGUUGCUACAGAGGGACCUGGUUUAGUCUUCAUUGUUUAUCCAGCAGCAAUCGCUACUAUGCCUGGUUCAAUGUUUUGGGCGCUUAUUUUUUUCAUGAUGUUACUCACACUUGGUUUAGACAGCUCGUUUGGUGGUUCGGAGGCGAUUAUAACAGCACUCAGUGACGAAUUUCCAAUAAUCGGCAACAAUCGUGAGAUUUUUGUUGCGUGCUUGUUUACUUUGUACUUUUUAGUUGGACUUGCCUCCUGUUCACAGGGCGGGUUUUACUUUUUUCACUUGUUGGAUCGAUAUGCGGCCGGAUACUCUAUGUUAUUUGCUGUCCUUGCGGAAACAAUUGCUGUUAGUUGGAUCUAUGGAACGGAUCGAUUUUGCGCAGAUAUCAAAGACAUGAUCGGUUUUUCGCCCGGUGUUUACUGGCGGGUGUGCUGGAAAUUUGUAGCACCGCUAUUUCUUAUGUUCAUUAUCGUCUACGGCCUAAUGGGUUACGAACCUUUAACAUACGAAGGCUACGUUUAUCCUGUUUGGGCAAAUGUAUUGGGUUGGCUGAUCGCAUGUUCUUCUAUUAUUAUGAUCCCGGGUAUGGCGAUUUACAAAAUCAUGAGCACACCCGGCUCUGUCGUUCAAAAGUUUAAGAUUCUGACGACUCCAUGGCGAGACACGCAGCACCAGAGGAACGAUUUCUCUUCAGUGGCAAAUGGUGCGAUUCGACGAAGUUUCAUGGCUGAGCAAGAUUUAGAAAUCACGAAGAAUCACGAGUUAACAAAAGAACAGACGGAGGUAAUGAUUCAACCUAGAGAGAAUGUGAAAGGGUGUGAUCCACCUCCAGAACCAGUCUAG